GACGAACGGGGAGGAAGAGAGAAAGGGGUUCAUGGCGCGGACUCGUGCGGGUGUAACAAACCACAUUUGAAUGUGGAGCAUUAGUCCGCAACACUUCUCUGCCGAAUAGGGUUGUGGAUCACCCGGCUACGACGUCGUUGACGCCACCAUUUCCAUCGAUCAAUUGGAGCUUCUUCUUUCUCUCUGUGUCACGCGCGUGCCGCCGCCGCCGCCGCCGCCGCGAAAAGAGAAGCCUCCCCCUCCUCUUCUGCUGUCCCCGAAUUCCUUCCAGGGUUUGUAUCAAUUUUCCAUCCAUCUAGUCCCAGUGAUCAAUCGAGACCGCCUACGGUUUCUUGGAGGGAAUUCUCUGAUGUUCGAUCCGACCCGGGCUGGGAAUUGACGUUUCGGUCUUUGCGCUCUCGAGUUCGCUGAAGGUGGAUCGGAUGGAAUUGGAGAUCUCUGUUUUGACUGAAUUUUGAUCGGACUGAAUUGGCACGCUUUUGGUACCGGAGGUUGGUCAAGUGAGGCGACGGUGGGCUAAAAUUUUUGUCUUCUGGUGGCUGGGUUGUGGGGUUUUGGAUCAAUGGAUUUGGUGCCGAGUUGCAGGGAUAAAUUAACGUACUUCAGAAUUAAGGAGCUUAAAGAUGUCCUGACUCAACUGGGUCUAGGAAAGCAAGGGAAAAAACAGGAUCUUGUUGAUAGGAUUUUGGCAUUAUUGUCAGAUGAACAAGUUCCCAGAUCUCAGGGUUGGGGAAAGAAAAAUUCUAUUGGAAAAGAAACGGUGGCAAAAAUAAUUGAUGAUACAUGCAGAAAAAUGCAAGUUCAUGGUGCUACAGAUUUAGCAUCUAAAAGCCACAGUGGCUCAGAUUUCAAUCAUGUGAAGCCUAAAGAGGAAAUGGAUGUUUCUUAUCAGUUGGAUAUGAGGGUUCGCUGCCUCUGUGGCAGUUCUUUGAUUACUGAGUCCAUGAUUAAGUGUGAAGAUCCCCGAUGUCAAGUUUGGCAGCACAUUGGUUGUGUUAUUAUACCUGAGAAACCUAUGGAGGGUGUUUCACCUGAACUUCCACCUCACUUCUAUUGUGAACUAUGUCGAAUCAAUAGGGCUGACCCAUUCUGGGUGACAAUAAGGCAUCCCUUACUUCCUGUAAAGUUGACAUCUUCAGGCAUCACAGCAGAAGCAACAAACACUGUACAAAAUGUGGAAAGAACAUUUCAGUUGUCAAGAAGAGAUAGAGAAAUGUUGCAGAGAAGUGAAUAUGAUCUUCAGGUUUGGUGUGUACUUCUUAAUGAUAAAGUUCCAUUUAGGAUGCAAUGGCCGCAGUAUGCAGAUUUGCAAGUCAAUGGUGUUCAAGUGCGUGUAGUUGGUAGACCAGGCUCACAGACGUUGGGAAUCAAUGGUCGGGAUGAUGGUCCGGUGAUCACCAUAAGGAGCAGGGAAGGAAUUAACAAAAUUUGUUUAUCAAGGUGUGAUUCUCGCAUAUUCUGUUUUGGAAUCAGAAUAGGAAAGAGGCAAACAAUUCAACAGGUCCUCAACUUGGUCCUGAAGGAAGCAGAUGGUGAGCAUUUAGAGGAUGCUCUUGCACGUGUUCGCCGUUGCAUUGGUGGUGGAAAUACUACGGAGGAUGCAGAUAGUGACAGUGAUUUAGAAGUGGUUGCUGACUCUGUCACAGUCAAUCUUCGUUGUCCUAUGAGCGGGUCUCGAAUAAAGAUUGCAGGCAGGUUCAAGCCUUGUGUUCACAUGGGCUGUUUCGAUCUGGACACUUUUGUCGAACUCAGUCAACGCUCUCGGAAGUGGCAAUGUCCAAUAUGCCUCAAGAACUACUCUCUUGAAAACAUCAUUGUUGACCCAUAUUUCAGUUGCAUCACUUCACUGUUGCAAAAUUGUGGAGAAGAUGUGGAUGAGAUUGAUGUGAAGCCUGAUGGUUGUUGGCGCGCAAAGAUUGAAGGUGAAUUUGGGGACCUUGGUCGGUGGCACAUGCCUGAUGGUACUCUUUGUGCCAAAACAGAUACAGAAGUAAAACCUGACUUGGAGAACUUGAGGCGGGUUAAGCAGGAUGGCACUUUGGAAGGGCACACAGGUUUGAGAUUAGGAAUCGAAAGAAAUUGCAUUGGAAUAUGGGAAGUUAACAACCUUGAAGACAUGAAACCUCCAUCUUUUGGAAAUCAUGUUCUAGGUACGCUUGACAAUCACUGCCAGAACAUCAUACCUAUGAGCAGUAGUCCCACUGGAAGUUACAGGGAUGGAGAAGAUCCAAGUGUCAAUCAAGAAGGUGAGGGGAAUUUUGAUUUAUUUCUGAAUAAUAAUCAUGAGCUUGAUUCUCGUUCACUCAAUUUUGAUCCAACAUACAAUGUUGAGGAUAGAAUCCCUCUUGCACCAUCAAAGGAUCCAGAUAUCAUUGUCCUUACUGACUCUGAUGAAGAUAACCGUAAAUUGAUCUUUCCUGAAAAUGCCUAUGAAACUGGUCCAUCUGGUGGUAGUGAUAUGCAUUUUACUGCCAUCCAUCCUGGAGUUUCAGAAAGAUAUCCUGAAUACCCUGGCCUGGGAACAAGUGGAACUUCAUGCCUUGGUCAGUUUAACAAUAAUGGCGAUGAUUUUGGGAUGCCACUCUGGCCAAUGCAGACAUGCCUGCAGACCGGACCAGGCUUCCAGCUAUUCGGAACUGAUGCUGAAGUUCCAGAUGGCUUAGUUGGUUCACAUAAUUCUCUUGGCUGUGCAACAAGCAAUGGCUAUGGUUUGGCAUCUGAUGGUGGUCUGGGGGAUGGUUCUUGUGUCCAAGAUCUUUCAAACUUUCGUUCUACUACUGAUAUGAAUGGAAGCUUGGUCGAUAAUCUGCCAUCAUUCAGUAGCAACAAUACUUCUCUGCAAAAUUUUUUUCCUAGCCAACCAGCUGAUGUUACUAUGCAACCUGAUUUACGUGAUACUGAAAUGCUAAAUGGGGUUCAUUCUGAUGCUUGGAUAUCCCUUACACUUGCUGCUGGUGGAGGUCUUGGCGAGUAUACUGCAAAUGGGCUGAGUCCAGGCCAACAUUUAGCACCAAAGGGAAGUAGGACAGAGCCGUUAGAAGAUGCUGCUUCAUUGCUUUUGAGCAUGAAUGAUGACAGACCCAACAAAGCAAAUUCAAUUACCCAAAGGUCUGAUAAUUCAAUUUCGCAUCCCUGGCAACCACGGGCUGUUAGGCCUCGUCUGUAUCUGUCAAUAGAUACUGAUUCUGAUUAGUCAUGGGAACUAAUGGGAUGAUACUUUGUAACUGCCCUAAGAGGCCGCUUGCCACCUCUGCAUGCUGCUUGCUAUGCUUUUGGUGACCAUUUAUUCUAUUAGAGAAAAGGCCAGACAAUCCUGCCUUGCUGAAAGGAAGAAGAAUUGUGGCAACUGAUCACCACUGCAAGUGGCAUAUUAAGGUGUUCAAAUUGCAUGCCUGAUGAAAGGCUUGAAUCUGUGAUAGGUUGUUGCAUGUUAUCAAUGCCCUGUGCAGACAGAUCCUCUAAUUCCUCCAUAUUGGCCACCUCCGCAAGAAAAUUUUUUUAUUUGAAUUGCAGGCUGAAUGCGAGUUGUACAGUACAGUGAUAGGAGAUGAGAAAUGGAGGCCUUCCCAAGGUGUAAGCCAAAUUACUGGGAAGGCUUGUGUAUCGUAAUUGUAUCGGGGUUCAACUGCUGUAAAUUCAAGUGCUUAUUGAAUUUUGGUCACAAUUGGAGAAAAUGCUGCAUUAGCUCCAUAGCUGGGAUUUCAAAAAUGUUGUUGCCGAAAGUUUAAUUAUUUUAAAUUAGAUACGUGCCUACCAUCAUUGGUGGUUUUUCAUAUGCAUAUGUUGAUUAAAUUGCUCCAGUGUUUUUGCUACAAUGUAAACAUUUUAUUGCUGACACAUUUGUAUGCUCGCUGAUUUUAUUCUAAAUGUGAAUGAGCAAUGCAAGUUUUCACA